GCCUCAGCCGGGCCCGCCCCUCUCCCAGUCUCCUCCGCGGCUCCCCCCCUUUCCCGAGCCAGGCGGAGCUGGAGCUGGGAGCGACCGUCGUUCCUUGCCGUCGUCGUCUUUCGCCUCUCCCCAGUGACCGAGGGCACCGGCGCCGCACGGCGGGAUCCCCCCUCCCACCCCCCCCGCCUCCUUUCGCCGCCUAAUCUCUGCUGGAGCCGGCGCUGCCCCGCGGAGCAGCCAUGAGCUGGGGCACGGAGCUGUGGGAUCAGUUUGAUAAUUUGGACAAGCAUACACAGUGGGGCAUUGACUUCUUGGAGAAAUAUGCAAAAUUUGUAAAAGAAAGGAUAGAAAUUGAGCAAAACUAUGCAAAACAACUGAGAAAUCUGGUUAAGAAGUACUGUCCUAAACGUUCAUCCAAAGAUGAGGAACCCAGGUUUACUUCGUGUAUUGCCUUUUUUAACAUCCUUAAUGAGUUGAAUGACUAUGCAGGACAACGAGAAGUAGUUGCAGAAGAAAUGGGACACAGAGUGUAUGGAGAACUGAUGAGAUAUUCUCAUGAUCUAAAAACUGAGAGAAAAAUGCAUCUUCAGGAAGGGCGAAAGGCUCAACAGUAUCUGGACAUGUGCUGGAAACAGAUGGAUAAUAGCAAAAAGAAAUUUGAGAGAGAAUGCAGAGAGGCAGAGAAGGCACAGCAAAGUUACGAAAGACUGGACAACGACACUAAUGCGACAAAGGCUGAUGUUGAGAAGGCUAAGCAACAGUUAAACCUGCGCACGCAUAUGGCUGAUGAAAACAAAAAUGAAUAUGCUGCACAACUACAGAAUUUUAAUGGAGAGCAGCACAAACACUACUACAUUGUCAUUCCUCAGAUUUAUAAGCAACUUCAAGAAAUGGAUGAAAGAAGGACUAUCAAACUUAGUGAGUGUUACAAAGGCUUUGCUGACUCUGAGCGCAAGGUUAUUCCGAUUAUCUCUAAAUGUCUAGAAGGGAUGAUCCUUGCAGCAAAAUCAGUUGAUGAACAUAGAGACUCUCAACUAGUGAUAGACUGCUUCAAAUCUGGUUUUGAACCUCCGGGAGAUUUUCCAUUUGAAGAUUACAGUCAGAAUAUUUACAGAACCAUCUCUGAUGGAACCAUCAGUACACCAAAGCAGGAAGGAAUGAGAAUUGAUUCAAAAACUACAGUGAGCAAGGCUAAAGGAAAGCUGUGGCUGUUUGGAAAGAAGCCAAAGCCACAAUCCCCACCCCUAACCCCUACUAGUUUAUACACAUCCAGUACUCCUAAUGGGUCCCAGUAUCCCAUAUUCUCCAUUGAACCAGUGCAUUAUUGCAUGAGUGACAUAAAAACAGGGAAGCCCAGAAUUCCUUCUUUCAGAAGCCUCAAAAGAGGGUGGUCGGUGAAGAUGGGCCCUGCACUAGAAGACUUCAGCCAUCUCCCUCCAGAACAAAGACGCAAGAAACUGCAACAGAGAAUUGAUGAACUCAACAGAGAACUACAGAAGGAAACAGACCAAAAAGAUGCCCUCAUCAAGAUGAAGGAUGUUUAUGAAAAAAAUCCCCAGAUGGGUGAUCCAGGCAGUUUGCAACCAAAAUUAACUGAGACUAUGAGCAACAUGGACCGUCUUCGGAUGGAAAUACACAAGAAUGAGGCCUGGCUCUCUGAAGUUGAAGGUAAAGUAGCAGCCAGAAGCGACAGGCGGCACAGCAGUGACAUCAACCACCUUGUAACACAGGGCAGAGAGAGCCCUGAAGGGAGCUACACGGAUGAUGCAAAUCAGGAAGUUCGAGGCCCACCACAGCAACAUGCACAUCCAAACGAGUUUGAUGAUGAGUUUGAAGAUGAUGAUCCAUUACCAGCUAUAGGACAUUGCAAGGCAAUAUAUCCGUUUGAUGGUCAUAAUGAAGGCACUCUAGCAAUGAAAGAAGGGGAAGUUUUGUACAUUAUUGAGGAGGAUAAAGGAGAUGGGUGGACAAGAGCUCGAAGACAUAAUGGAGAGGAAGGCUAUGUGCCAACAUCAUAUAUAGAUGUAACGCUAGAGAAAAACAGCAAAGGUGCAGUAACCUAUAUCUAACAGUAAACUGGCAGCUUUCAAUUGUACAUUCCCCAGGGAAAAUAGUAGAAAAAUAGUAAGUUACACAGGUUCAUGGAAAGCAUUAGAAUAUCAGAAGUCAGCAAUGGUCUGUUGUUUGCAAUGUGAGUUUGCUAUAGCUUUUUUCAGAGAUGACCACAUUAAAUUAUGCAUUUUACACUGGUCUCUAAUUUUGACCAAUUUCUUCUGCUUUAACUGAUCUAGUGUUCCUGCUUUACAAAGCAUUAAAUACAAUUCAGCUGUUAAACUGACAAAGACCAGGAUUCCUGCUUAUUCUAUAGAAUACUUUGGUUUUAUAGAGAACGGAAAAAUAACUUAGUUUUAAAGAUCUCUAAGAUUUACUGUUCCUACUUUUAUGACUUAAACUAUAUGUUUAAAACAGAGAGGUUUUCCUCUAAUAACUAACUGAACUCAGUUACUGAAAAUUAUUAAUUUCCUUCCUUAGCAAAUACUUGGCAGCUUUCACUUCUUAAACAGGAAAAUGUUUUCUGAUUCUGAAAGCUCAACAAAAAUACUCAGGAAAAAACAUCAUGAUUAAGAAGGACAGAAGGUCCACUGACCUGCCUCUCUCCUUCCUUUUCAGUACUUGUAAUGUAGAAUGUUGUGUAUUUGACACAACUUCAUUAUUUUAACUCUAGAUACCUUGAACAAACAAAAAAAGAGAUCACGUGUAAUGCUUGGUGACUUGCUCAAACCUCUCUCUGCUCCUGAAAAGGGAAUGAUUUUAUAUUCUUAAUCUGUGCCUGGAAGCUAAGUCUUGGAAUUGCAUCAUGUUUAGUUUGAAACCAAGCUCUUUAAUGUACAGUAAUUCCCCUCACUGUUAAAUCACUGAGGAUUGGAAACUGCAUUGCACUACUUGAUCGGCUUUUUUGUUUUUCUUCCCUAGUAAUCUAAAAGCUGUGGCUCGUAUUUCUAAUGAGGGUUUGUGGAAUUGAGUACAAGGCUAAUGUAUAGCCGCUGAGAAAGGCCUGUUAGAACUGAGCACGCUUCUCUGUCUUCUAAAGGCCUUCAGUAACUUUGUUCUUUUCUUUUUCCUCUUGGACUGCAGGUUCCUGAAGCGGGUUUCUGAGAAAAUGGGCGAGAUCUUGAAGGAGGUUACAUGCAGCUGCUGGGGGCGGGUGGGGGUGGGUACUAGACUGGGAGGCCCAAGGGGAAAAGCUAGUUGCAUGAAUGCAUGCAGACAUACAUUUAGUCACUAACACCUUAGCAUCUCCAUACAUAGAUAAGGAUGUAUUACAAAUUCUUCAGUUUGUGCAGGAAAAUAGAGUUCCAUUACCAGAGUAAAAAGGCUACUGCUCCUAAAAUUGCUUUAUUUUCGUUGUCCUAGGUUGUCUCAGAUGCACAAACUACAUUUGAGCUUGUGCUAUGUUUUGGUUAUCUCAAUUAUGCUCUCUUCCAACUCCUUUUAAUUGGCAGUCAUUUAGAACCAUGUCAGUUAUCAGUCUGCCUGUGCCACCUCCAUGCUCGCCCUUAACCUCCUCCUGCAUGCCUAGGACAGUCAGGCAUGUCCGCAUAACACUUUGACAUCAUUGCUUGUCUUAUUUUAUAACAAAUCAUUUUGUUUAAAUAUCUUCAGCACUAGAGUUUCAUCCCAGUAUCCAUGUAUGCUGCUAUAACUAUACCACUGCAACCAUCAUUACAUUCCAGUUUUUGGCAUAACUGAUAAGAGACCAUAAUGUAUUUGUGUUGAUUUGGGGAAAUAAUACAUCUCAGCUCUAGCCUACAAUGCAAUCAAGAGAAACUCCUAGAACUGUGGUCCAUCUUCAGCACUUCAGUAACCUGUUGUGAGCACUGAAAACCUGGAACACCACCAGAGAGAUUCACCACUGCAAGCUAAUGACUGUUUUCAGAAGUCAACCACUUGCCAUUCAAAUGCUGCCUUAAACUCGAGUGCCUAAAUCUGUUGUUUGCCAACACUACCACGUACAGUAUCUCACAAAGGGCUUUGUGUCUCAGCUCUUCUCACAGUGCUGCAGCUGCUGAGGUAGCCACGGUAGGUGUUUUCUAGAGCUCUACUUUACUGGAUACAUGGUGCAUCAUGAAUUUUAUACAUUGAAACGUGUAUCUUUUCAUUUGACUUUAAUAUUUUUUAAAAUAUUUUUAUGGAAACUGUCUUUUAAUUUUUGACUAUGAAGUUCCAAUUUUAAUUACUGCAGUGCUAGUCCAUUUCCAGGUGACGCUUCAUUGUAUGGACCAGUUGAAAUUUGAGUGAUACUUCGUAAUGAUCUAUGUGCACUUUUACUUGUAAACAAAUGAAAUUUGGAUAUGUUUAUACGUGUAAAUAUAGUUGUCUGCAGUGCCCCUAUUGCUUAUGUUGUCUUGCCUCCCAUUUGUGGUUCUAUUAAUAAAUACAUCAUAUCUGAUUUAUUAGGGUGAUAAGAAUUAGACUAGAGAUGUUGGGGGGAGGGAUACUUGUAUCAAAGCAAGCUUGUCAACCCAGCCACCUGCUGUUUGGGGAAAUGAAAUAAUAGUCAAAACAUCCUGUUUUUCUGGGGUCUGAAGCAAUAUUUGGAUGCAGCAGUGCUGGAUUCCUUUUAAUUUCAGUGUUAUUAGGAACUGUACUACCAGUGAAAAUGAAUUUGAGUGACUUGUGUAGAGGUUUAUUCCUUUUGUUAUGUAUACCACUAUUACGCAGCUUGACCUAGUGUAUUAUGGGGGCUAUUAAACUCUAAAGUUUAGAUUUUUGGAGCUUGUAUACAGGGUUAUUUAUAUAAUAAUGUGACAUUACUCAAUACUGACAAAACUACUUAGGUAGUUUUUUGGGUUUGGGGGUUUUGGGGGGUUUGUUGGUUUGGGUUUGUUUUGUUUUGUUGUGUUUGGUUUUUUUUGUUUUGUUUUUUUUUAAAUCUAGCGCUUUUUUAUUUUAAAGUUAGAAAAGUGGAGGAAAUGUGAUCUGUGUAUUUUCUGCUAAAGGGCCUGUGGUUUGCCUGGCUAACAGCCUUGCAGGUCAGUAAUAACACUUCCUGGUAAAGGACUAAAUGUUCUUUUCACGCUACUGUUUGUUUGUUUUUCUAAAACCAGGAUUUGCUUCCUUUGGAGGCAGGUUGCUUUCAUGAGGGAUAGUGCAACUUGUAUGAGGGUUAUUAAACAUAGGAAAAAAACAUUUGUACUUGCACAGCUAGUUAUAAAUCACUUAUUCUAAAAUUCUGAACGUGAGUUGUCUUAAAGAAUCUUACAUUUUUCAGUAAUUUUUAAUCCAUUUUUUGUGCACAUGUUGAUUUCCUAAAUGUUAAAUGCUUUGUUUAAAAAUAGUGUUCUCUGUUGAGAAUAUUUUCAUGGAAUAAAAAAAUCUUUUCAUGGUCUAAGUAA